CUUGCUUGCCUGCUCCGUCAUCUCUUCCCAAUCUAGCACAAUCUCACCAUGGUGGAAGCAUUUGUCGGAACCUGGAAGCUGGUGGACAGCAAGAAUUUCGAUGACUACAUGAAGGAACUCGGUGUGGGUUUUGCUACCAGGCAAGUGGCCAGCAUGACAAAGCCUACCACAAUCAUCGAGGUCAAUGGGGAAGUUAUUGUCAUAAAAACACAAAGCACCUUCAAAAGCACAGAGAUCAGCUUCAAGAUGGGAGAGGAAUUUGAUGAAACAACUGCAGAUGACCGGAAGGUCAAGACCACCGUGACACUGGAUGGAGGCAAGCUUAUCCAGGUGCAGAAGUGGGAUGGGAAAGAGUCAAAAAUUGUGCGGGAGCUAAUUGAUGGAAAACUCAUCUUGACACUCACCUACGGCAAAGUAGUUUGCACUCGCACUUACGAGAAAGAGGCAUGACUUGCCUACUCCUUUAUUGAUGCUCCUCUGCCAAGUGACUACAUUGGACUCAGCACCAGAUUGCCUCAAU